AUACAAAUUUCCAGCUAGCACGCAUCAUUUGUUGUCUCUCUAUGUAGAAUUUUUAUACAACUCUUUAGUACAUAUCUUUUUACGCAUAUAUUCACAAAUCCGUGGCCAGUCGAAUGGAGGAGGCUCCAGUGGGUAAACAAGUUCGAUUGCAGGACUUGCCGGCUGAUGUGCUGCAUAUGGUCAUGGGCCAUUUGGACCUAUACCACCACAAGUUGCUGCGGGAAACUUCGGAGGAACUGAAGCAGAUCAGCACGGCGUACAUACUGCAUCAUCACAAGGCCUACGAGGUGGCCCAUUCGGAAGGACUCUCGGAGGAGCAGAGUAGCGCGAAAAGGAUCAUGCUGCAGGUCCUGCGCACGGCUAUUAGCUACUUUUCCGACGAGGACAGUGAAUCCGACGUGGCCAUCAGUCUACUGCACUUUCACUCUAAGGAGGCCGUUUUUUAUAAUGAAGCUGACCAUCUGGGCAAGUUCCUUGUCCAUUUCCUGAUCCUCAAUGAGCAAGCCUUCAACGUAUUCAGUGCUGAGAGACUGAAACUUAGGCGCCUCCAUUACACAAUGGCAAUUUUCGGCCUAUUGCGACAAUUUCGAAAUUUUAGGAUCCUGGGAUUCGGCAAGACCUUUUGGCACUGGAACGUGGAGGUCGAAUUGAGCCACACCUUCAUCGGUGUCAUUGAAGAAGCAAAAUCCAGCUUCAAUACUGUGGAGUCCCAACGACGCAUCUACUUCAUCUCCAUUCUGGCCGAGCUGCUCUUCCACGAGAAGAGCAACCAGAACUAUGGUGGACAGAGGGGCUUGGAAGGCACUUUGUACACCUACAGUAUUCAGCCAAAUUCAAAAGCCAAGCGCACUCCUCGAAUGUUUAUAAAGUUUAUAGUGGAUGGUCCGCAGUUUCUACUUGAAUAUCUGAAGGACCUAAUCAGCGGAGAGGAAGAUCCUCAGAAUCCGUUCGUCUUGCCACCAGGAACAGACUUUGCCAUUCGAGUUGAGACCAGGUGCUUGAAAGGACCCCAGUUUGUAUAUUACGGAAAUCUGAAUUUUAAUGUGUUGAGAUGGAGCGAACUAGUCGAAUGAAGAUGUAUCUGGACGAAAAUGCUAAACAAAUUAACGAUUCUG